AUGGAGGGGCAUUAUCCGUCUGCACCUGAGAGAAGUGACGAGCAAAAGCCUUGCAAGCUCCUUACUGGUGCGUUUUUGAGUCUUCCCGGGCGAUCGCUCCGUACGUAUAUGAAUGACAAGUCAAAAUAUCUGAAUCUGUAUCUAUACAGAUUGGCAAUGCAGCAUAGCCUCAUGAAUGCCACCUCGAGCGGAGCCGCGUUCAGUUUGGAUCAAGGCGAUGCUCCGUUGACGAGAACGGAAGUUGAGUACUGGACUCUAUACGCGGGUUGCUUGUCUCUGGAGAUAUAA